AUGGAUAUAAUUCCAGAUCUUCCUUAUUUUGAUGCUGGAGUUAAGCUUUUGAACAAAGAGGGUGUGCUGUUGGCAUAUUCUGGCUACGACGAAAACAGGGCAGGCAUGAUCGCUGCGAUUUCAGCCAACAUUUGGAACAGUUACGAGAAGAACGGCCUCGAAAGUUUUCACGAUGACAAGCUGAAGUGGCUGCUCAUUCAGUGUUCGGUCGGUAAAGUUGCCAUCACCAAAGUGAUGAAUGUACUCAUUUGCAUGCAAGCUACGGAGAAGAUCGAAUCAGGCAUGUUGAAGUCAAAGGUUGGUAAUGGCGUUUAA